GGAAGGAUAAGCAAGUGAUCCAUCCAGAGCCACUGACUGGAGCAAGCAGGCAGAGGAAGCUCAGUCAGGUACUAGCUUCUCUUCAUCAGCAAGAUCCUCGCGCGCGCGCGCGGUUGCCAGCCCCUAGUCCAAGUCGCCGGCCAUGGCAGCGCAGAUGAUGCAGCCUCGGCCCCGGCCCCGCGGCAGCCUGAUCAGCAGGUUCAACGCCCCCAUGUCGUCGGGGCUGCUCCGGCCGCCUCGUGCCGCCGCGGCCGCCGGCAGCACCGGCUCCGUUCGUCUGACGGUGUCGGAUGCGGAGCUGGCGUCCCGCGGGUUGGCGGUGCGGCGCACGGCGGAGGGCAUCGACGUGGCGGCGCUGAACGAGGUGUUCGCGCGGGUGGGGUUCCCGCGGCGGCAGGAGGAGCGGCUCCGGCGCGCGCUGGCGCACAGCCGCGUGGUGUGGCUGUCGGCGGAGGCGGAGGCGGGGCGGCCGGUGGCGUUCGCGCGCGCGGCCGGCGACGGCGUGUUCAACGCGGUGGUGUGGGACGUGGUGGUGGAGCCGUCGCGGCAGGGGCUGGGGCUGGGGCGCGCCGUCAUGGAGCGCCUCGUGGACGAGCUGCGCCGCGACGGCGUCGCCAACAUCGUGCUCUACGCGGAGCCCCGGGUGGUGGGCUUCUACCGCCUCCUCGACUUCGCCAUGGACCCCGACGGCAUCAGGGGGAUGGCAUACUACAGGAAAGCAGCAGCCGCAGCCUCGUCCUCGGCGGCGGCGGCCACUAAUACUCCAUUGGCAUCGCUCUGAAAUCUGAAUCAUCAGUUGAAGUCUGCUUGCUUGCUCAAUGCUCAUCAUCAAUCAUGCAUGUACCAGCAGUAGCUAGUAGUAUUAAUUUGUUUCUUGGAUUCAGGACUAGUUCAUGUUGAAGGCUUGAAGCAGAAGCAGACAUGCAUGACACAUCUCAUACAUACUCAUGAUGAUAAGAUUGUAUGUGAUAAUACAGUACAAGCAGAAUAGUACCAAUCAAAAUUCACAAUCACAGCACACACUUUUGAUGGAUGGAAUUGUACAGCCAGCACAUUUGAAUUUGAUGGAUGUGAUCCGGACAUUGGAAAUAAUAAAGCAAAGCAUCAUCAAAUUAAAACA